AUCAGAGUGAACUUACAUUAGUGUGAUUUCCAGGUUAACCGGUCUAAAUUUAUAGUUACAAAUUAUGAGUAGAAACGAGCCUGCGCGUGCGAGAAGACGACUCGAGCUACGGGAGAAACUGAGUCUUCGGUCAAUACCUCUGGCGGAAUACCCAGAACAAAAGUACAACUUGGAAAACCACUUCGGAUGGCAGGUUCUCCAGAAGUGCAGAAUCGGCGAAGGCUCCUUCCCCUCCUACCUGCUGCCCUGCGCUUACUGCGACAAACCCGAUAUGUCCGGAAAGGACGAUGGAGACCAUGAGGUCUACGUGUUAUACGUCCGUGGAGAAGAUGGCAAACUAGAGCCAGUGGACGUCAAGGAAACGCAGACGGUAUUUUCAACCACGAAUAUCGUCGAAAGGGAAACGUCACCAGAACAGACGAAGGCGGCGCCAAAGAAUGUGAAGAGAGUGCCGUUGCCACAACACCGAAAAAGAGUCAUCAGCGACUUCUAUUACAUCCCGAUCAGAGAGAGGACCGUGGCGAAGUAUGACAUAAGACCGCCCUCGGUGGUAAAAUCCAACAGCGCAGAAGACGUGGGAGACGUGGGAGACAAGAAGAAGGACAAGAAGAAGAAGAAGAAAGCGGACAAGGGAAGAGCGAUGCCGAAGAGCUGGCAGUUGCGCGCGGGAGCUGAAAGCCCGGAAGAGGAAAGCGAAGAAGAGGUUUGUGAAGAUGAGAGGAUCAGCAAGUUUAUAGAAAACUUGAAGAAAGAAUGCGCAAACUGCUUUCAUAGACCAAAUACUUCAGAGUUGAUGGACUCUCCUGAUAACAAAUACCUUUACCUGCCGCGAGAGAGGUACGAGAAACGUCAAAAUCUAAAUUUGGAUAAUGAUUAGUAAAUUUCUAAAUCUAAUUGUAAAUUUGUCCUCAUGUGAAAAAUAUAUUUAUUGGUUG